AUGGCGCUGGAGGGACCCUUCGAAACGAUCAUCCUGCUCACCAUCUUUGCCAACUGCAUGGCCCUGGCCGUGUACCUGCCCAUGCCGGAGGAUGACAACAACUCCCUGAAUCUGGGCCUGGAGAAGCUGGAGUAUUUCUUCCUCAUCAUGUUCACCAUCGAGGCCGCCAUGAAGAUCAUCGCCUACGGCUUCCUCUUCCACCAGGACGCCUACCUGCGCAGCGGCUGGAACGUAUUGGACUUCAUCAUCGUCUUCCUGGGGGUCUUCACGGUGAUCCUGGAGCAGGUCGACGUCAUCCACAGCAGCUCGACCCCCCUGGGCAGCAAAGGAGCCGGCUUGGACGUCAAGGCCCUGAGGGCCUUCCGAGUGCUCAGACCCCUCCGGCUGGUGUCGGGGGUACCCAGUCUGCAGGUGGUCCUCAACUCCAUCUUCCAGGCCAUGCUGCCCCUGUUCCACAUCGCCCUGCUGGUCCUAUUCAUGCUCAUCAUCUACGCCAUCAUCGGGCUGGAGCUCUUCAAGGGAAAGAUGCACAAGACCUGCUACUUCGUCGGCACCGAUAUCGUGGCCACGGUGGAGAAUGAGAAGCCCUCGCCCUGCGCCCUGUCCGGCUUGGGGCGCCGGUGCACCAUCAACGGCAGCGAGUGCCGGGGCGGCUGGCCGGGGCCCAACCACGGCAUCACCCACUUCGACAACUUCGGCUUCUCCAUGCUCACCGUGUUCCAGUGCAUCACCAUGGAGGGCUGGACGGACGUGCUCUACUGGGUCAAUGAUGCCAUCGGGAACCAGUGGCCCUGGAUCUACUUUCUCAGCCUGAUUUUGCUGGGCUCCUUCUUCAUCCUCAAUCUGGUGCUGGGCAUCCUGAGCGGGGAAUUCACCAAGGAACGGGAGAAGGCCAAGUCCAGGGGAACCUUCCAGAAACUCCGGGAAAAGCAGCAGCUGGAGGAGGACCUUCGGGGCUACAUGAGCUGGAUCACCCAGGGCGAGGUCAUGGAUGUGGAGGACUUGAGAGAAGGGAAGCUGUCUCUGGAUGAAGGCAGCUCUGACACGGAGAGUCUGUAUGAAAUCGCCGGCCUGAACAGAAUCAUCCAGUUUGUCCGGCACUGGCGCCACUGGAACCGCAUCUUCCGCUGGAAGUGCCAUGACGUGAUCAAGUCCAGGGUCUUCUAUUGGUUGGUGAUCCUGGUGGUUGCCCUCAACACCCUGUCCAUCGCCUCAGAGCACCACCACCAGCCCCUCUGGUUGACCUACCUGCAAGACGUUGCCAACCGAGUGCUGCUGGCGCUCUUCGCCAUCGAGAUGCUGAUGAAGAUGUAUGGGCUGGGCCUGCGCCAGUACUUCAUGUCCAUCUUCAACCGCUUUGACUGCUUCGUGGUGUGCAGUGGCAUCCUGGAAAUCCUGCUGGUGGAGUCGGGCGCCAUGACGCCCCUGGGCAUCUCCGUGCUCCGCUGCAUCCGCCUCCUGCGGCUGUUCAAGAUCACCAAGUAUUGGACGUCACUGAGCAACCUGGUCGCGUCGCUGCUCAACUCCAUCCGCUCCAUCGCCUCCCUGCUCCUGUUGCUCUUCCUCUUCAUGACCAUCUUCGCCUUGCUGGGCAUGCAGCUCUUUGGGGGCAGGUACAACUUUGAGGACAUGGAGGUGCAGCGCAGCAACUUCGACAACUUCCCCCAGGCCCUCAUCAGCGUCUUCCAGGUCCUGACAGGGGAGGACUGGACCUCUGUGAUGUACAACGGGAUCAUGGCCUACGGAGGGCCGUCCUACCCGGGCAUACUUGUCUGCCUUUACUUCAUCAUCCUUUUCAUCUGUGGCAACUACAUCCUGCUCAACGUCUUCCUGGCCAUUGCUGUGGACAACCUGGCCGAGGCCGAGACCCUGACUUCUGCCCAGAAGGCCAAGGCUGAGGAGAGAAAGCGCAGGAAGAUGUCCAAGGGUCUCCCAGACAAGUCAGAGGAGGAGAAAGCAACGUUGGCCAAGAAGCUGGAACAGAAACCCAAGGGGGAGGGUAUCCCCACCACGGCCAAGGUGAGCACAUGGCAAAUCAGAGCACCAGCAAGGCAUGGGAAGGUGCCCCCAACCCAGUUUCUCUCUCCCCGCCUUCCCCUAGGAGACGAUGAAGAAGAUGAGCCUGAGAUCCCAGUGAGCCCCCGGCCCCGCCCCCUGGCUGAGCUGCAGCUGAAGGAAAAGGCGGUGCCCAUUCCCGAAGCCAGCUCCUUCUUCGUCUUCAGCCCCACCAACAAGUGGAUCCUUGAGUAUUUCGACAUGGUGUUCACCUCUGUCUUCACCGUGGAGAUUGUCCUUAAGAUGAUAACCUUCGGUGCCAUCCUGCACAAGGGCUCCUUCUGCCGGAACUACUUCAACAUCCUGGACCUGCUUGUGGUCGCAGUGUCGCUCAUCUCCAUGGGCCUCCGGUCCAGCGCCAUCUCUGUGGUCAAGAUCCUGAGGGUGCUUCGGGUGCUUCGACCCCUCCGGGCCAUCAACAGAGCCAAAGGGCUGAAGCACGUGGUGCAAUGCGUGUUCGUGGCCAUCCGCACCAUCGGGAACAUCGUCCUGGUCACCACCCUCCUGCAGUUCAUAUUUGCCUGUGUCGGCGUCCAGCUCUUCAAGGGAAAGUUCUUCAGCUGCAACGACUUAUCCAAGAUGACAGAAGAGGAGUGCAGGGGCUACUACUACGUGUACAAAGACGGGGACCCCACACAGAUGGUGCUGCAGCCCCGGCGGUGGCUACACAACGCUUUCCACUUCGACAACGUGCUCUCGGCCAUGAUGUCGCUCUUCACAGUGUCCACCUUUGAGGGAUGGCCGCAGCUACUCUACAAGGCCAUCGACGCCAACAAGGAGGACACGGGCCCCAUCUACAACCACCGAGUGGAGAUAGCCAUCUUCUUCAUCAUCUACAUCAUCCUCAUCGCGUUCUUCAUGAUGAACAUCUUUGUGGGCUUUGUGAUUGUCACCUUCCAGGAGCAGGGGCAGACUGAGUACAAGAACUGUGAGCUGGACAAGAACCAGCGCCAGUGUGUACAGUAUGCCCUGAAAGCUCGCCCACUGCGGUGCUACAUCCCCAAGAACCCCUACCAGUACAAGGUGUGGUACAUCGUCACCUCCUCCUACUUUGAAUACCUGAUGUUUGCCCUCAUCAUGCUCAACACCAUCUGCCUGGGCAUGCAGCACUACAACCAGUCCGAGCAGAUGAACAACAUCUCAGAUAUCCUCAACGUGGCCUUCACAAUCAUCUUCACCUUGGAGAUGAUCCUCAAGCUCAUGGCGUUCAAGGCCAGGGGCUACUUUGGAGACCCCUGGAAUGUGUUUGACUUCUUGAUUGUCAUCGGCAGCAUUAUCGACGUCAUCCUCAGUGAGAUCGAUACUUUCCUGGCCUCCAGCGGGGGACUGUAUUGCCUGGGCGGAGGCUGCGGGAACUUUGACCCAGACGAGAGCGCCCGCAUCUCCAGUGCUUUCUUCCGCCUGUUCCGGGUCAUGAGGCUGAUCAAGCUGCUGAGCCGCGCCGAGGGGGUGCGCACCCUGCUGUGGACCUUCAUCAAGUCCUUCCAGGCCCUGCCCUACGUGGCGCUGCUCAUCGUCAUGCUCUUCUUCAUCUACGCUGUCAUCGGCAUGCAGAUGUUCGGAAAGAUCGCCAUGGUGGAUGGGACUCAAAUCAACCGGAACAACAACUUCCAGACCUUCCCGCAAGCUGUGCUGCUGCUCUUCAGGUGUGCAACCGGGGAGGCCUGGCAGGAGAUCCUGCUGGCCAGCAGCUACGGGAAGCUGUGUGACCCUGAGUCAGACUACCUCCCUGGAGAGGAGUACACCUGCGGCACCAACUUCGCCUACUACUACUUCAUCAGCUUCUACAUGCUCUGUGCCUUCCUGAUCAUCAACCUCUUUGUGGCGGUCAUCAUGGACAACUUUGACUACCUCACCCGGGACUGGUCCAUCCUGGGCCCUCACCACCUGGACGAGUUCAAGGCCAUCUGGGCGGAGUAUGACCCGGAGGCUAAGGGAAGAAUCAAACACCUGGACGUAGUGACCCUGCUGAGACGGAUCCAGCCCCCUCUGGGCUUUGGGAAGUUCUGCCCACACCGAGUGGCAUGUAAGCGACUGGUGGGCAUGAACAUGCCCCUCAACAGCGAUGGCACGGUCACCUUCAAUGCCACCCUCUUCGCCCUGGUCCGCACGGCGCUCAAGAUCAAGACGGAAGGUAACUUUGAGCAGGCCAACGAGGAGCUGAGGACCAUCAUCAAGAAGAUCUGGAAGAGAACCAGCAUGAAGCUCCUGGACCAGGUCAUUCCUCCAAUAGGAGAUGACGAGGUGACUGUGGGAAAGUUCUAUGCCACAUUUCUUAUCCAAGAGCACUUCCGGAAGUUCAUGAAGCGCCAGGAGGAAUAUUAUGGGUACCGGCCCAAGAAGGACACUGUACAGAUCCAGGCUGGACUGCGGACCAUUGAGGAAGAGGCAGGCCCCGAGAUCCGCCGCACCAUCUCCGGUGACCUGACCGCAGAGGAAGAGCUGGAGCGAGCCAUGGUGGAGAGCGCGAUGGAGGGGGGGAUAUUCCGGAGGACUGGAGGCCUGUUUGGCCAGGUAGACAACUUCCUGGAUAGACCCAACUCCUUGGCUCCUGUCAUGGCCAACCAGAGACCCCUCCAGUUUGCUGAGAUAGAGAUGGAGGAGCUGGAAUCACCGGUCUUCCUGGAGGACUUCCCUCAAGAUCCAAGUGCCAACCCUCUUGCUCUUGCCAAUACCAACAAUGCCAAUGCCAACAGUGCCAACAGCAACCAUAGCAACAACCAGGUGUUCCCCAGCAUCCACUACGAGAGGGAGUUCCCCGCAGAGAGAGUGAUGCCAGAAGCCAGAGGAGGAGCCCUCGGCCAUGGUCACGCCCUCAGGGCCCCAGGACCCCAUAGCAAAUCCUGUGUGGAGAGGCUGCAGCGACCACUGAGUCAGAGGGUAAUGGCCAGAGGUGAGGUCCCUCCUGUCACCUGCCAGUGCCCCAUGCCGACAGAGAGGGAGAGAUCUACCCCAGGUUCUCUGCAGGAAGAAACAUCCCCUGGGGGUAGGACCCAGAAGAGUACUUCCGGGGCCCCCGCUCCAGCUACUGCCCUGCUAAUCCAAGAGGCUCUGGUUCGAGGAGGCCUGGACACCUUGGCGGUUGAUGCGGGCUUCGUCAUGGCAAUAGGCCAGGCCCUGGCAGAUGCCUGCCAGAUGGAACCAGAGGACGUAGAGGUGGCAGCCACAGAGCUACUGAAAGGACGAGAAUCCCCAGAGGGCAGGGCCAGUGCCCUGGGAGCCCUGAGCUCCAGCUCCUCCCUGGACAGCCUCCAUCAACAUCGGGGCUCCAGAGACACUCUGAUUCCUCCCAGGCUGUGA